AUGGCACAAUAUUUCCAUCGUUCUGCUUUCAAUAAGACACCUCGUCUUUGCGCAUCACUAUCUUCGAGCUCGCGUCACUUUAUUCCCCAACAUUUGCACCCCAACGCGAUCCGGUUCAUGUCUUCUCAACGCUCCUAUGAAUAUAUCCUCGUCUCACGCCCGGAGCCUGCAGUAGUCCUUGUGACGCUCAACAGGCCAAAAUCUCUGAACGCUCUGAGCAGCCCAUUGUUCGCCGAACUCAAUCAAGCUUUGGAGGAAGCAGACAAAGAUGACUCUGUCAGUGCAAUGGUUCUGACCGGUUCAGAAAAAGCAUUUGCCGCUGGGGCUGAUAUCAAAGAGAUGAAGGACAAGCAAUAUGCUGAUGUCUACAAGAAUAAGUUCCUGGAGGAUUGGGGUAAGAUCAACCAACUCCGAAAACCACUCAUUGCGGCCGUCAGUGGUUAUGCUCUUGGUGGCGGGUGCGAACUCGCACUUAUGUGCGAUAUAAUCCUUGCCUCUCCAACAGCCAAGUUCGGGCAACCGGAAAUAAACCUUGGCGUGAUUCCCGGUGGUGGAGGUUCUCAACGCCUUAUUCAUGCCAUUGGAAAAUCCCGUACAAUGGAAUUGGUUUUGACUGGGCGCAUGUUCUCUGCUCAGGAAGCAUCUCAAUGGGGAAUGGUCAGCAGAGUGGUCGGAGAGGGCGAAGGCGAAGUAGUGAAAGAAGCCAUCACUAUGGCCAAAGAGAUCGCCAGCAAGAGUCAAAUAGCUGUUCAGGCUGGGAAAGAAGUCGUCAACGCCGCCUACGAAAUGACUCUUGCAGAAGGUUUGCGCUUCGAGAGGAGAAUUUUCCAUGGCCUCUUCGCUACCAAUGAUCAGAAAGAGGGCAUGGCUGCAUUCGCAGAAAAAAGAAAGGCAAACUUCACUCAUUCAUGA